UUAAAAAAAAAACGCAUUGGAUCGAAUGACAAUUAUACCCCCAAGAUUAACGACGCACUUUGAAUCAGAAGAAGGGCAUAUAUCGUCUCCAGCCUUCAAAAUUGACGCCAAAACUCUCUCUCUCUCUCUCUCGACGACGACGACCACCACUCUCUACCGGAAAACGAUUGAACCUCCGGCGAUCUUAUCAGAAUGAGUAACGCGCUUCUCGAAAUCGAUCCUAUCGACCUUCAAUUCCCUUUUGAAUUGAAGAAACAGAUCUCUUGCUCUCUCUAUUUGACUAACAAGACCGACAGUUAUGUAGCCUUCAAGGUUAAAACGACGAAUCCAAAGAAGUACUGUGUGAGGCCUAACACUGGCGUUGUUCUUCCCAGAUCCUCUUCUGAAGUUCUUGUGACGAUGCAAGCGCAGAAGGAAGCUCCUGCUGAUAUGCAGUGCAAGGACAAGUUCUUGCUUCAAUGUGUUGUGGCUACUCCCGGUGUCACUCCCAAGGAUGUUACUCCCGAGAUGUUUAGCAAAGAGGCGGGGAAUCGAGUUGAGGAGACGAAACUGAGAGUUGUCUAUGUUGAUCCACCGCAACCACCUUCACCGGUUCAUGAAGGAUCAGAAGAGGGCUCUUCCCCAAGAGCUUCUGUCUCUGACAAUGGGAACAACAACAACGCUUCUGACUUUACUGCUGCUCCAAGAUUUAGCGUGGACAGGCUUGAACCUCAGGAUAACCCAUCUGAGGCGAGAGCGCUCAUCACAAGGCUCACCGAGGAAAAGAACUCUGCGGUUCAACUGAACAAUAGACUUCAACAAGAAUUGGAGCAGUUGAAGCGUGGAAGCAAUAGAAGCCAGAGUGGUGGUGGAAUCCCGUUCAUGUACGUUCUUUUGGUAGGACUAAUAGGCCUAAUCUUGGGAUACAUUAUGAAGAGGACAUGAUCACGUUGGUAAAACUAUACUACCACACCCACAUCAAAAGUGGCUUCCGCAAAAAAAAACCAAAAACCAAAAGACAUGGAAAAGAAAAUUCAAAACUGUGUCAGAAUGACAUUCAGUCUUUGUCUUUAUCCUCUUUCAUUUCACCUUUGGUUGAAUCUCAAACCUAGUUGCCUUAGAGUAUUGAUUGUGUUACGGUUUUCAUAAGACUUUUUUUUCCAACAUUUGUAAUCCAAAAGACAUAAUUUUGUUUCUGUGUGUUCUCUCCUC